AUGUAUGCAUACGAGAAAAUUGGAGGGAGAGUAAAGGAUGAACGACAAAUGGAUGAAUUUAGAAGAGUUUUAGAAGAAUGUGAUCUGGUUGAUAUGGGUUUUCAUGGGCAAAAGUUUACAUGGGAAAGGGGAAAUUUCGCAGAUACAAAUAUAAGGGAGAGGCUUGACAGGGGGCUUGCAAACUUGGAAUGGCUAAAUUUAUUUAACGAUUAUUUCGUACAAAAUCUACCCCACUCUUUUUCUGACCAUUGUCCAAUCCUCAUCAAAAUUACGCCAAAGAUGAAGCAUUUUGGAAAUCAUUUCUUUAGAUUUGAGUCUUGGUGGAUAACUGAGUCGUCAUGCGAUGAACUAAUUAAGGAAGUUUGGACAAAGACGUCUGGAAAUGUCCCUGAAAAAUUAGAACAUAUCCAGGUUGGUCUCCAAAGAUGA